AUGGGAAGACGCCAGUUUGAGAUUCACUAUGUGGCCUCUGCCGAGAAUCCUGCUGAUGCCGGCACGAGGUGUGACCUCUACAGCGAUUUGGUUGAAUAUCGUGAUUCUAUCGACGGUGUAAGUCUUGAAGUUCUGUCUGACGAUGAUACCUCAGAUAUGAACACUGUUCAUGUUGCUAGAAUUAUACGUAAGCGUGGUGACGAGGACGAAGACACCAACGAGAUCGGUGACAAAAGACCACGACUUGAACCACCACUACGAGUUCCCACCAAUCCAUUACCACCCCUACAACGACCACCCUAUUUUGACAUUGUUCAAUUACCUUCUAACAUGUUGGCCACCUAUAGAUCUCUACCCCUAAGUGAAGAUGGUAGACGUCAACUGGCUGACGGCGAUUUUCUGUAUAAGUGUGCUGAGUUCUGUCAUUCUCUCAAGCAUACUGGUGCUCCUGAGAUCACUGCUAUUCUCAAGUGCUAUUUCGAUCCGAAGUCAACCACUAUCGACUUCGAUGAAGCAGCUAAGAAGGCCUCAAGAAGCUGCAUCACUUGUGCUCUCGUCAAGACCGACCCUGGCGAUAGACAACCCAAGAACCCCACCUCCAACGAUAUAGUCAUCCCUGAUCGACCAUUUCAA